AUGGUGAACUCCACUCAGGGUUCAUACUUCACCUUCAGUGCUUACUCUCACAGUGGCCCCAUGAAACAUGUCUUCUUCUUCAUUGUUCUGCUUUUGUACAUGUUGAUAGUUUUUGCUAACCUGUUCCUCAUCGUGCUGAUCAGUGUGACCAGAAGUCUUCAUGAACCCAUGUACGUCUUCAUGUGCAGCCUGUUUGUGAACGAGCUCUUCUGUAGCAUGUGGUUGUUUCCUUUUCUUCUGGUUCAGAUUCUCUCCGACACUCACAAUAUCUCUGCCUCCUUUUGUUUCCUGCAGAUUUUCUGUGUGUACUCUUAUGGAAGUAUAGAAUAUGCCAAUUUAGUUAUCAUGGCUUAUGACCGAUACCUCGCCAUCUGUUUCCCUCUGCAAUAUAACACACGUAUGACCACUUACAGAGUUGUCGUGCUCAUUUCUCUGAGUUGGUUGUUUCCGUUUCUUGGAAUUAUUGUUGUGGUUUCUUUAAUCGUCCCUUUACAGUUCUGUGGAAACAUCAUCAACAAAGUGUACUGUGAUAACUAUUCCACAGUUAAACUGGCCUGCUCGGACACAACCAUUAUUAACAUCUAUGGAAUCAUGUACGCUUCUUUCAUAAUCUCCUGUCCUUCAUGUGUAAUCUUCUACACGUACAUGCAGAUCCUUAAAGUGUGUUUCUCUGGAUCCAAGCAGACGAGACAGAAAGCUUUCAACACCUGCACGCCUCACCUCGCCUCUCUGCUCAACUUCUCUUGUGGGGCUUUCUUUGAAAUAAUACAGAGCAGGUUUAACAUGAGCAGCGUUCCCAACAUGUUGAGGAUCUUUUUGUCUUUAUACUUUCUGACGUGCCAGCCUCUGUUCAACCCCGUCAUGUACGGACUCAAUAUUACUAAAAUCCGUAGCACAUGUCGAAGUCUUGGGUUGAAAUAA